AGAACCCAGACACAUCGCUGUCCAAAAUUUUUUAUCCCAUGAAGCCUCCACAUACACACACAGAUUCACGCACAAACCUUCAAAUCGAAAACUAUUUUUUCCCCUUUUUUGCACCCUUUCGAGUUUGGUUCUUUGGUUUUCAACUGUUCUUGAAAUGUGCCCGUAAUCAGAUUCGAAUUAGUGGUGAAUUGAAAAACAAUUUCUAGCUGUUUUUUGAAAACUGAAAAGAGGCCAUGGGCGAAUCUUCUGCUUGCCUUAUGCGCUCUCUCUCGCAGCCUUCUCCUACCUCCAGUGAUGAAAAACAGAGAGAUCCUUUGCAACGAGCUUUAUCAUCGUCCAUAUCGUUUGGAAGAUUCAUGUCUGAAUCGUUAGACUGGGAAAAAUGGUCAGCUUUUACUCAUAAUCGAUACUUGGAAGAAGUUGAGAAGUACAAAAGGCCAGGUUCUGUUGCUGAGAAGAAAGCUUAUUUUGAAGCUCGAUAUAAGAGAAGAAAAGCCGAAGCGUUGCUUGAGCAAGACAAUGAAGCUUGUACUGAUCUGCCUCAACUUAAUGAGACAAAUGAGAAUCAGGAUAAUUCUUCCUCGGAUUCAGAAUCUGCACAGAAAAAUGGCAAUGUCGUCACUGGAAUAACCAAGAAAGACGAUGUUCAGAAUAGUGAGGUUACAGUACUUGAAGGAAUAUCGGAAGAUGCUGAAAGUUCAGUUAAAAAAUCAUCGAAUAAGCUUGAAAUUGAAAGAGACAUUGGUAAUAUUAUGCCCAACAAAGCAGAUAACACUCAGGAAAAGGGUGCAACUAUGGGAGAUUCAGCCUUGUCUGGGAAAAAGAAGCCUGCAUUUUCUCCUGCAAAGUUGUCAACAACUAAAAAUAGUGAUCUUUCGACUCCAAAUUGCAAGAAGACCGUUAGAAACUCGACCAAUAAAAUGAGAUCAACUCCAAGAUCCCUUCACAGAUCGAUUAAUUUUGAUGCUCAUCCUCGAGAGGCCAUCAAAGCAUCAUCUCCCGGCCCAAAGAAGAUUGUAAACUCAAGAUUAAUCCCAACUCUUUCCAAUAAAUCUAAAGACAGCAAUGUUGCACCAACUUCGACUCGGGCAUCCAUGAAUAGUAUGGUAAAGCUUCCUGCGGUAACCCCUCGACCAGAAAACAAAAGUUAUUCAAGACCUUCCAGCACACGAGAAAGCAAAGCGCAAACCUCUACUGUGCCUUCUUCUUUCAUCUUCAAAAGUGAAGAACGAGCAGCAAAACGUAAAGAGUUCUUUCAGAAGCUAGAAGAGAAGAAGAAUGCAAAAGAGCCAGAAAAACAGCUGCUACAAGCAAAAUCAAGUGUUUCGUUAUCAAUUGAGAAACCGAAAAUUGAUUUUAGAGAUAUGCGCCAUUCCAUUGCAUUUAAAGUUGGACCAAAUGGAAAGACUUCUGCUAAAACGGAAUCACCAAAUAAUCUUGUGAAGAAGAUCCCCAAAAUACAAACUUGUGAGGAAGAAUUCAAAGAAAAGGCGGCAUCAAAGGUCCAGGAUAAAGAUUCUCGUCCAGCAUGGAGGUUUUCGGCAAAGACAGACGGCUCUAAGGAUGUUGCAGGAAAGAGUAGCCGCCCCCCAAUCUAUUCUGCAAAAUCAUUGCCGAAGAAAAGACAGCAUGAAAAUGUUUCUCCGAAUAUCCAGCCUUGAUACGUUUGGAAAAGCUUGUGUACGAUUACGAAGCAAACUUUUCAGCUGAUUGGAUAAGAGUUGCCCUCUAUAUCUUUUUACUACAUGGUUAUAGAAAUGAAGUUUGAGAUAGCAUACAGGAAGUUAUUUAGAGGUUAAUUAUUGAUUUCUUUGUCAAAUAGAGGUAUGAUAUUGUGAUGGUUCUUUUAAAAUUCUUUGUGGGUGUGCAGUUUUCUUCUAUAGAUUCUGCUUCGGAUACACAAUUUUUGUAUGGCACAAUCAUUAAAUUCUUUUUAAAGAUCUGCCAUUGGCAUUCACUUUA